AAAUCGAAAUUCCCAGAAUUCUGUCAUAUAGGGAAUUUAAUCUCACAAUGAAAAUUUGACAUUUAAAAUGACAUGCAUGUGGGUACGAAUAAAAGCUGCUUUACAGGCGUUUGAAGUAUCGGAGCAAUCUGACCAUUAGCAUUUUGCGGUGUUCACUUCGUGUGGCAAAAUCUUGCAACCAUGGAAGAGGAAAUGGUACAGGAAAUGCUACAAAUCCUUCAGGAUUUUGGAUAUACGGGACCACUACUUAAUUAUGGGAAAUUUAGCGAAGCCGUUGAUAUUGGACCAAAAUCUGUUCAAUUUACUGAACUUGUUGCAUGGUUAGCGGAAAAAAUUGUAUUACUCAGUAAACUUGAUGAAAGUGUUCAUCCUACUACAUCACCAGACGAUGCUAGUUCAUUUCUCUUAGAAUUAAGCUCCUUUCUCAAAGAAAUUGGAUGCAUUAAUCAACAAUUAAUGACGGGAAAUGUUAAUCAACGAUUAGCAAACAAAGAGCAAAGACUGUUUCUUCUAGAUUAUUUGCUAUCAGAGCUUAUGACGGCAACUUUAUUGGAAUCCAAAAAGCCCGUCGAAGAACACAUGGAAGUUACUAUUAGUGAAACUUCAACUGCGAAAAAUUUAAAGAAUAUUCUGGUGAUGUUAAGAUUUCAAAAACCACCGGAUAAUAUAUCGGCGGAAAUUCUUUUCAAUAAAGUAGCUACAAAAUUACAGGAAGUAAAAGCACAAGUACCGCCUCAACUUCUAAGUAAACCGAUAUUUGUUGGAAAAUUAUCUAAUAAUCAGUGGCAAAAAUUAAAAGAACUUCAGAGCGAAUUACAGUCGGAAUACACGAUAAGACGUGAACUUUUACUAAAACGAUUGGAUGUCACAGUUCAGUCCUUUUUGUGGUCGGAUAGAUUAAAAAGCAAGGAGAAUGAAGUGAUGACAUGUUUCAAAAGUAAAAGAGAUGCUAUGUUACGAGAGCCAGGCGUUUCCAUUGCUCAGUUAUUAGCGGCUCGCGAAGAUAUUGCGAUAUUGGAAAAGACAAGUAAUGCCUCGGUGCGUAAAAAUACUCGAAGUCAAGUGAAUAAAGUAAUAAUAGGCGCUGUUCCUGAUCGCGGAGGAAGACCAUAUGAACAGGAACCACCGCCACCGGAAAUGCCACCAUGGCAAAAAGAUCGUGCCGGAGGCCAAAACUUUGGGGGUGGCAGAGGCGGACAAUCAGCCAGAGGUGGUGGAAAUUUCAGUGGAGGAGGUGGUUAUGGAGGCAGAGGUGGCAGAGGCGGAGGCGGAGGAGGUGGAAAUUAUGGUGGAGGAGGCGGUGGUUACGGCGGUAGAGGUGGCCAUCAUGAUCACAAAGAUGCGUCAAAUAAUUUUGGUCAAAAUCGAUCAGCUCCUGAAAGAAGUUAUCGAGCAGAGGAUUACUUCAGUAGUAGUCAAAAACCAAGAGCAGAAGAUUAUUUUCAAUCUUCGUCACAAAAUCCAUCUGGUUAUGGAAAGCGUGGAGGUUAUGCCGAUCAUAGAGACGAAGGUAAACGUGGUCGAGUUCAAGGUGGAUGGAACCAAGGCGAUUCACAUUAUCAACGUGGUGGUUAUAAUCGUGGUGGAAGAGGACGUAAUUAUUAAUUUAUGCUUUCUUUUCAAUCGAGUGAAUUUUUUUUUCUAAUUUUUCUAUAAAAUUAAGUCAUAAUCGUAUAAAUAUUCUGUUAUGAACAGUAAUAAGUGAGAUAAUUUUGAAAUGAUAUUGUUCUUUUUCUUAAGUAAAAAAAACAUUGCAGUACAAUAUCAUUUUGAAGUGAUUUAAAUUAUACGAACAAAAAAGCAUAAAAACUGAUUUUUAAUUUUAUUUUUAAAAUUAAGCUAAUAGUAGAAAAUACAAAUUUUACAAUUUAUAUAAAAAUAAGUUUGUUUCAUAAGUUACAAUAUUUACAACUUUGCUUUAAAUUUUCAAAUAAAUGUUUACGAAAAGUA